CGACCCGACCCCUCUUCCGCCGCUCACAUCUCGUCGGAGGAGACAGACACAGACACAGAGAGAGAGAGAGAGAAUCAGACCGAAAUUCGAGCGAAAUUCAAUCCAAAUUCCGCUGCAUUUCCUAUCUCCGAAUUCCGUAGUUCUCCAUCUUGUAGAAACCUUUUACGUGGAAUUCAAAUCUCCGAAGUGUUGAAAGCGUUUCCAGAGCUCGAAUUCAAAGGGAUCUUCAAAUUCGAACAGGAUUUCGUGAGCUUGAAGAAGGUGAGAUUUGCCUCCGUGAGCAGAAUCUUCCAUCCGACAGUUGAUUCCUCACAUUUCGUCGUCGAUCCGCGAAAUUCAGUGAAAAGAUAGAGAUUAGAAGAUCUCCUCCGUUGGAUCUUGUCAUUUUACGUUGGAAAGCUCGUAGAAAACGAAGAUUGCGAAGACUUUGAUUUUUGAAGAGUGAAUUCUGGAGGGAGUUUGUAAGUUUCUCUGGAUUUGGGAGAAAUGAGAAUUUGAAUUUUGUGACUUGGUGAAAAGAAAUUUACAGAGAUUUGAUUUUGGAGACGGAAAGGAUUGGAAACAACGAAAAUGGAGCUUCCUCAACCUCGCCCUUUUGGAACUGAAGGAAAAAAACCAACACAUGAUUUUCUAUCGCUGUAUGGUGAUACAUCUUUCCAUCAUCCAGAUCCAAGGCCUUCUUCUCAUGGAUUUUAUCUAAAAACCCAUGAUUUUCUACAACCAUUGGAGAGAGUUGGAAAGAGCAAUUCUAUCGGAGAUGACGCAAAUGAGACGAUAUCUGCCGUCGAGAAGCCUUCUUCGAUCGAGCAUGCACUCCCUGGAGGCAUUGGAACUUACAGCAUUAGCCACAUUUCCAAUUUCGGCCGAGCCGUGAAGCCGGAGAGACCAUCGUUUACCGAUGUCCAGUCGGGUAGCACUGAUGUUCGGUCGGUUAGUGCAGAGAGGAGCUGUGGAGAGGUUAACAAGGCCAACGGCAACUUCGGCGUUGGAGCUUUUACACUGUGGGAUGAGUCAGUUGUGAAGGAGAAGGUGGGAGAAGGACAGCCCAUAAGAGAGCCGUUGGAGAAGAAAUCAGUUCCAUUUCCACCCUUGGCUUCCUGCAGCGUUUUCAGCUCUCUGCCAGCUUCCAAGCAAAAUCAGGCGCAGCAGAAGAGCUUGGGGUUUUUGGAGAUGAUGAGGUCCAUGAAGGGGCUUCCGGAAGAGGACGAUGACGACGACGAGGAUUUCGUGAAGAAAGAGGUGUCCUCCCAGAAAGGGGAUUUGAGUGCAAAAUCAGAUGGGAAGGGAAACGAUCAAAGGGCAAACACGCCCCGAUCAAAGCACUCUGCCACUGAGCAGCGUCGGAGAAGCAAAAUCAAUGAUCGAUUCCAGAUACUGAGAGAACUCAUACCACAUAGUGAUCAGAAGCGAGAUAAGGCGUCGUUCCUUCUGGAGGUUAUUGAAUACAUACAUUUCUUACAAGAGAAGGUACAGAAGUAUGAGGCGGCAUUCCCUGGCUGGAAUCAGGACAGCAUGAAAUUCAUCCCCUGGAAACACAGCCAUGUGCUGGGAGAGAGUAUAGCUGACCAUUCUCGUGCCACAAAGACUGGUGCUGGUCCUGGUUUGACAUUUGCUGGGAAAUUUGAGGAAAACAGUGUCGCGUCCACCCCAGCGAUGCUUGCGAAUAAUCCAGUGGAAUCUGAUAAUAUGAGCCCAGGCACUCCUUACAAGACAAUGGAUCACCACCCGGGUUUGGCAAGUAAGACAAUCCCCGUGCCUGGUCCCUUGCAGCAAAAUACAUUCUCUUCUUCUGUUGCAAGGAAUAGUGGGAUUUCCCUACCUACACAGAGAUUGAUGUCAGAUGUGGAGAACAUGGCAUCUCGGCCUCAACCGCAUUUAUGGCAGAGGCCGUGCCCAACUGACAGUGAUAAUCUGAAUGAACAAGAGGAGCUGACAGUUGAAGGGGGCACGAUUCGCGUGUCUAGCAUAUAUUCUCAAGGGUUGUUGAAUUCUCUAACACAGGCAUUGCAAAGCUCCGGCGUAGAUCUGUCACAAGCCAGCAUUUCGGUGCAGAUUGAUCUCGGCAAGCGAGCAAAUAGCAGGCCAUCAACCACAACAUCUAGUGCUAAGGAUCAUGACGACCCCUCAUCAAGCAACCGUGCAGUGGCCCACUCGAGGGUGGCUAGCAGUGGGGAGGACUCACAUCAACAAGCUCAGAAGAGGCUGAGGACAGCCAACAGCUAAGCUAGUAUUUGCAAUCCUCCUCUUCCUUCAUUUUUAUUUAAUUUAUUUGUUUUCGGGCGAGAUGGCCUGGUUGGUACACUAAGUUCGGUGUACAUGCUUUGCUUUGACGGUUUGGGGGACGACAGGAUGUCUCACAAACCCUUAGGUAUAUAUUCUUUUAUUCGUGACAUUUCUCAGGUAUAGGCUUCAUUAGAAUUUGAGAAGCUGCUUUUCUUUCAAGGCUUCCAUUCAUUUGAGAGAAAUUUCUUCUUCUUCGUUUUUUUUCUUCUGUUUCUUUGUUGUGUUCUCUUUGCUUUUGUUACAGAAUUUCAUGGCUGUAAAAAGACUCACUUUUGUACUAAUGCUAUGUAUUAUUUUUCCAA